UGUAUUGUAUAAAUCUAUUCACACGAAGCAAAGAUCAAGUUUAACCAAGCAAAGAUAUCAAUGGAAUUAUAAAUAUGGGAGAUACAUGUCGCGAGCUCCCCCUCCCCCCUGGAUGGGAGGAAGCCAUUGAUUUUGACGGGAGGGUUUAUUACAUUGAUCAUAACUUGCAAAGAACUUCAUGGAUCGACCCUAGAGACAGAUUGACAAAACCUCACACUUUCGCUGAUUGUAUAAGCACAGAACUUCCGAUUGGUUGGGAAGAAUUUCAAGACAAGGAGUUUGGGGUUUAUUACAUUGAUCAUUUAAAUCAAUCAAACCAGCGUGAAGACCCUCGUCAGGUAUGGCACGCUCACCAACAGAAGAUGCUGGAAGAUUACUUAGAAUCCACCAAACAUGACGUACAGUUAAAAGAAGAAGCUGUGAAUGAAAAAGCGGUUGAAAUUGAACUUGCAAAAAAGCAGAUGCAUAAUUUAAAAAACCGAGUGAUCAGAACAGAAAGCGCGAAAUCGAAUAGAAGUUUAAACAGCGCUGAAACCUCAUGUUCGAAUUGGUCGAUUUGUACGAAAUACGACCCCGAGCAGGUGAGAAGUGAACUUGAUGCGAUGAAAAAGAGGGUUGUUAAGUUGAGGAGAGAAUUAUCCGAUGCGGAAGUCGAUCUUACAAAUGCAAGGAGUAAACAUCAACAUUGGAAAAAGCAUUGGAGUGCGUUCCGUAGUGAUGAAGGAUUGGAGGUGUUUGACGCAACUUCUGUACAACGAGAUUUACCGAGUAAGUCAUCGGAUGAUGAAGAAAGAGAGAGAUUGAUCAACCAACUGCAAAACACUAAUGAUAAGAUCGCACAUCUUCGAGAAGAGUUAAGAUCAUUGGAGGAGAUGGGUUCGGCGGAUGGGAACCCGAACACCCUUCUUCUUAUAUCGGAGAAAGAAGAACAAUUGAACGAAUUAUACGCAACUAAUGUUGGGGUGACAUCCUCUGAUAUCGAACGGAGGUCAGCGAACAAUAAAUGCAAGAAGUUGGAAAAAGAACUAAGGAAUGCCAAGGAUUUUAACAACCGUGAACUUGGCGAAAGAUUGAAACGUGUGGAGCGACAUGAGAGCGUACACAAGCAGCUUAAAGAUACGAGGGAACUUGCCAGCCGUAUUGAAACCAAACUUAGGAGUUUAUCAGCCAGCAGUAUGUCCAUUUCGUCCGCUUCAAGUCAUGGCUCGGUAACAGCGCUCACAACUUUGGCGCAAUCUGGUCGAUCAGUCAGUUGCGAAGUAUCAUCGCUAUGUUGUGGCAACUCUACCGCCACCCAGCGACGACCACAAUCGUUCACACGACGUAAUAACUCGAUGACAAAAUUACAAGCUCAAGUUGUGAGACGGAGUAUAAGAAAACAUAACGGCCACCCUGAUCGAAACGGUGUCCCAACGAAAACGUCACCCAACCAACUUGGUUCGUCAUCAUCGGCCAACUCGGACUCCGCUUUUUCAUCGUCUGGUCCUUCCUCUACUGGAGAAGUCUCUUCGAUUGGUUCCACGCCACAAACGCCACCUUACGACGAUACUGAUCGCAACCCUUUCACCACAAGGAGUCGCACAACGACCACAGUUACCACGACGACCACCCUCCCCGGUAGCACGCUGAGUAUAAGCAGUAACGGGAGUCAUUCAACGUCCCUGACGUCGAGUAAGAGCUCACUUAUAAGUCGUGGAUCUUCCAUCAACUCGCUUGGUGUAAUAGACGAAGCCACGCCCACCCCAUCAAUGAUGUCAACAGCUCGAUUAUCAAAUCCAGAUACUCGCGAAUUUAUUUUGUCGAAUUCGCCAAAUUUUGCCGAGUUAGCCAACCCUUACCCAAGGCCGAAGUUGCCCGACUAUCACGAACUAACUAAAGAGUUCGCGGCCAGAAAACUGAACGAUUGUUCACCGUCGACGGAGCAACCUAAAAACUAUGUUACAGAAAUCCUGAUGUAGUCAUAAAAAUUCCGCCGAAAACCCCACAAAUUGUAGAUCAUCCCCGCGCCUUCUAAUUGCCAUGUCGUUUACCUUGUCCUAUAGGUUGAAAUGAUGAUCUACCUCGCCGUUAGGUGGCGGUAACACUGUGAACGAGUUUGGUGGACACUGGGAUUCCGUCUCAGUGCAAUCGACGAAUCGAAUAUUUAAACGUGAAAAUAAAAUAUAAUAAGACAAA